CCGUCUGUUGUCUGCCCGUCAGCUGUCAGCUACAUUUCGGAUCAGAUCUGUCUGUUCACGAAACUUUUACACUUUCCUUGGUUUUUCGACACUAAAAUUGUUCAAGAUUUGAGUUUUGGUCGCGCAUUAUAACAUCAGCCAUGGCUUCAGAAGUUUAUCGUGAAUUAAAGCUGUACAUAACACCAGAGAAGUUCUUUGUUGAACCAGUUAGCGGAAAUGGAGAUCUUAUGGUUAUUGAUCGAGUCAGCCAAGACAUUUCCUUACAGAUUAAUAAAGGACAAAUUCCACCUUCAUCGAGCUGUAAGGUGAUAAGUGGUAUCAUGGGUACAGUUCGCCUUCUUGCAGGAAAUUACCUUGUUGUCAUAGUUGGUAAAAAGCAUAUUGGCACCAUCAAUGGUCAGCCUAUUUUCCAAGUCACUGAGACAGAAGUUAUAUCAUAUUCCAGGACCCUAUCACAUCUUACUGAAAACCAGAUGGCUGAUAACAAAAUGUAUGUUUCAAUGCUGGAACAUGCUCUAUCUUCUCCAUUCUUGUAUUUCUCUUUCACGUAUGAUUUGACACACACUUUGCAAAGAUUGCACAAUAUCACGCCAGAAUUUUUGAAGAUGGCUCUUCAUGAAAGGGCUGACCAGCGGUUCCUUUGGAAUGGUCACCUUUUAAGAGAAAUCUCUCAUCAUCCAGAUGUGCAUUCAUUCUUUGUCCCAGUUAUGCAUGGGUUCAUUUCUAUAAAUCAAUAUACAAUUCAAGGUAAAGCCUUUACCUGGACUGUGGUGUCAAGGCGCAGUCGAUUUAGAGCAGGAACUCGUCUCUUUACGAGAGGGAUUGACUCCCAAGGAAACGUGGCCAAUUAUGUUGAAACUGAGCAGAUUGUUGAGUCCAGUGGUGACAGAUAUUCUUUUGUACAGACCCGUGGAUCGAUUCCUUUGUUCUGGCAUCAGUUGCCUAAUUUGAAAUAUAAGCCCAAGCCUGCUCUGAUUUUGGGAGAAAAUCAUGCUGAAGCUGCUGGUAGGCACUUCAAUACACAAAUUUUCAACUAUGGUAGACAAGUUCUUGUCAAUUUGAUCGAUCAUCGGGGAGCUGAAGAUGUUUUGGAAAAGGCAUAUGCCAAUAUUGUGAGCCAAGUAUCAAAUCCCAAUAUCAGAUAUGAAGCUUUUGACUUCCAUGCUGAAUGCAGUAAAAUGCGUUGGGACCGUCUUAGUAUUCUCCUUGACCGAUUAGCCCAUGAGCAGGACGAACUUUCUAUGUUUCUGCUGACAAGAGAUGGCACCCUAGUGUCCCAGCAAGAAGGUGUCUUUCGUACUAAUUGCAUUGACUGUCUGGAUCGUACAAAUGUUGUUCAAAGUAUGCUGGCCAAGCGAAGCCUUACUAAUGCACUUCAGAAACUUGGAGUGUUACCCGUUGGUCGCCAAGUUGAAGAUGAAUAUGGCUUGGAAGCCUUAUUCCGAAGUGUCUGGGCUGACAAUGCUGAUUACAUGAGCAUUCAGUACUCUGGAACAGGAGCACUUAAAACAGAUUUCACGCGAACCGGCAAACGAACAAGAAUGGGCCUGGUGAAAGAUGGUGUAAAUUCAAUGAUGAGAUAUUGCAAAAAUAACUUUAUGGAUGGUUUCAGACAGGACUCCAUAGAUUUACUCUUGGGAUGCUAUGUCAUUGAAGAAGGCGAGGGGGUAACUAGACCCUGUCCACUAGAAGCUCCGAAGGGAUGGAGGUAUCUCACUUUCCCUUUGAUUCUGCUUGUUGCUAUUGCAAUGUUCUUUGCAAAUAUCAUCACACCAACAGAUUACACAACAGCAGUUUUGCUGUAUGUCCUUUUCUGGGGUCUGAUGGUAAUGGCAACAUUUUUCACAAUUAUGUUCUAUGGCACAGAGUUCGUUGAUUACCCAAAGCUCUCUGAUUUGAAAAAGCCUCAGUAGUCAAGUUAUUCUCUAGUUGCCAUAAUUGCAGCCCUUAUCAAGCAAAUUGUCAUUGGCUGUGAAGAUAAUUAUUGGAUUGCAUCGUAUAAUUGGGGUGUAUUGUUUUCUCUUCUGUACCUCAUUCACAGUUCUUUGUGAUUUGGAUACAUCCAUGUCUCUCAUUAGUUCUCACCAAUUGUAAACUUCGUUUUGAAUUUUCCUACCACUCCUCGUAAAAUAUGUACUUAUCUACUUCUCCAAAAAAUGUGGCAAGAUAAUUAUUGUACUCUUAUACUUAUACCCUAAUUUAUUCUGUGUUAAUACGUUUAUUAUGCUAUGCAUUGAUUGAGCCCCAUUGCCAGAUUGAUUACGUAACUUAGCUCUCACGCUCUAGAUCAAAGGAAUGGAGUCCUUAUGUCUUCCUUCCAGAAGUUCACUGUUUCAUUUUGAAUUUUGUCACAUUCCGGACGUCUGGACGUCGAAAUCUCCACAAUCCCAACUGAUAAAAUCAGUUAAUUAUCUCUUGUUUAUUAAAUAUUUCAUUGUACACCUUGUUCUCUGUAGGUGUCUUAGUGGUCAAACUUUUAAAAACUUGUAGUUAUUUAAUAAUGCUGCUCAAUUAUAUUUCAGUGUUCUGAAAUAUGCUCUAUUUUUACUAUAGAAAUGUUAUAGAUAAAAUUGUUUUUUAAAAAGUGCUAUUUUGCAAGGGUUUAAGCUUUUAUGUUAAACUGUUUCUUGUUGUUUGAUAUUGAUGCCAUUAUUAGUGAAUGUCGAAUUGUUUUGUAGUGAAUAGGCUUCUUUUUUUGCAAUGAAUGUUAUGCUGGGAUCUGUUAAUUGCUGAAAGUUCAAUGCACUUGUAGUUUCCCUCAGCAGUCUAUGCGGUACUUGUAAGUACUGAGUUUAUAAAUUUAUAUAUUAACAUGUUUUCUAUUGUUGAGGACAGAUUUCUGACCUUUUAUUUGCACUGCAUUUUUCUCUAAAGUACAAUGAAUCAGGACUUUGACCUCAUUUUAACCUAAUAUUCUCUACUUGCAUGUUAAUUUAUUGGUGAGUAUUUUAUAGCAGUUUGUGCAUUGCAACUCGUGUCAAGCAGAGCUUAAUUUUUAUUUGUUUUGAUUUAGUGAUUGUUUUGUUUUUUUGUUGUGUCUAACUCUUUAUAGAACUAUACCUGUUGUGAUUUUAAACGAAAGUAAUAAAAGAAAUUCAAAAGCCAAA